AUGGGUUGCUACGAAGUGAUUCCGCACCAAAAGGCCAGCUCGGAAGCGAACAAUGCAUACUGGAGCCGAGUGCUCGUAAUUCCAUCCAGAUGCCGUCAAAUUAAUCGACUGUGGCUGGAGAAGAUGCUUGUUUUAAUCGAAGGCAUGCAGAUCUUCGCGUUAAUGUGGCAAAUAUCGCUGCCACGGCCGUGGCCUGCUCGCUGGCUGGAAGUCGCGCGCUGGGCAAAUGCAUUUAAUCUAGAUUUAUUUAGCUUCUUAGCCACAGGCGCUUCCAUGGACUCUGUUUCGGAGUCUAUUUCGUUAUGGGGAGAGAUGUCUCAUUAUUCGCUAUAUGCUCUCGCUUGGGGACUUGUACCAUGGAUUGGCAUAGCUGUCCUUGAAAUCGCUACGAUUAUGUGGAAGAAACAGGGCUGUAACAACUUUUUGCUGCUUAGUGUCAAAGGGAAGAACGUGCUGUUGCACAUCAUACAGCUUUUAUAUCUACCUGUGGGAUUGGCUGUAUUGCGACUUUUGAAUUGUAAUUCUGAUGGAAGGUUAUCAGUAGACCCAACUGGCAUGCGUUGUGGUCAUUUGGGGCAUGUUAUAAUAGUUCUCGUUGUUACUUGUGGCCUGGGCGGGAGUAUUCUGGUUGGACUUCCGUUGGUUUUAUGCCGUCGUAUUCGAGAGUCCAUAAUUUACUCAGAUGCAACAGAGCACGAACGUUUUGUGCAGGAAAAAGAGCUUGAGUUUAUUCUUGGCACGUCCAACUCGUAUCUGGAGCUGUAUUUUCCUCUGUUCGCGUCCUAUCAUCGAAGUUCCGUGAACAUUCCGGUGCAGAUAUGUAUGCUGAAAUUACUCCUGUUACUAACAUUUUCGUCGUUGCGGUCGUUGCCAUCGACAACAAAUCAGGGGAUGCAGGGGUCAAUAAUUUUUCUUCUUUUGGUCUGUAUGGCAGUUUUUAGAACGUGGAGAAAUCCCUAUCGCUGUGUAUCCACGACUUACUUUGCCAGGCUCAUCGACUGGAUGCUUGUGGCUAAUGGCAUUAUUGUGCUGCUCUGUGCAAAUGAAGUUCGAAGUGCCUUCACUGUGUCAACAUCUGUGACUUUUUCGUUGACGUUUAUCAAUGUAUGCUUUUUAAGCAUUAUUUGCUUAAAAGAGUUACGUGAAAUUGCGCUACUUCACUUAUAUCCAAAGUCUACUAAGAUUAAAGGGAUGUGCUGGCCAACAAACGACUGGAUGGAGGAAAUAGUCAAUUUUGGACCAAAAGUAGAAUUGUGGGUGAAAUCUAUUCAUAAUGCACAGAGUACUGUUCUCGCAUCGCUACUUUUGACUCCGGCGAUGCGUUCUUGUGAAGAAAUUAAAAGUGCGCUUGAUCGAGUCCGGCUCUGCUACGAAGAAGCUGCAAGCUUUGAACAUUUGCUGACGGGUCAACUCUACGAAGUGUACCUUAACGUUCAUGAGCUUUACGUCGAGGCGGUAGCUUCAAGUCCCUUUCAUCGAAGUGGCUUUCCAGUGGAAGCUUUGAAAAACCUAACGGGUGUCUUGAAACGACGACAUGAUCGGCAGCUGCUCCUAUCAGCUCGAACUCAACGCGUGCUGAAAAAGAUACAUAUUUCUAGAAGCUGGUCCCGACGGUCAAAGACGAAUACACUUGGAAAAGAUGAAAGUGGUCGAGUACGCACAGUAGUCUGUAUCAAAAGUUUUCUGGAUGCCGAACGUACACGUCAUCAGACAUUUUGUAUGACAUCAGCAAGAGAUUGGAAAGCUGUGAAUUCUGUUUUAUGGCUGAAAGGUUCCGACGAAAGCGACUCAAAAUUUCUUGUCUCCGUUCUAGCAUGGAGCAAGUCGCUUGGCAUGGUGAGAUGGUGCGAUGUUCAAGCAGCCCCCUCAAUAGAAGGACAUCACGAAGAUUUUUUUUCACUUAAAACAGCAAGGCAAAGUGGAAUUCAAGGUGAGUUACUAUCUAUUGGGGAGGCAGACAGCGCUUUGGCUGUGUUGCAAUCUUUGUCCAGCUCCACUACGGACUCAAAUUCUCACUUGAACCCUGAACAAAGUGCAUGA